CACGGCUUGAUUCGUCGCUAGUUAGCUCAUGAAUUACUCUAAGCACCCGCGGCAUUGAGCCCUGGCGAUCCUUAGGGGGCACUGUUACUGCUACAACAUCACCAACGGUGAAUAUAUGCGGCGGGAUGAGGUGCUUAUUAAACUGCUUCUCCAUUCGCUCCCGGGAGGCACUUAGGUUCGUUCGAACGUCUUCAUCGAGGGUAGUACGGUCCCAAAUACGCGGUAAUUACUCAGGGGGUUACUUAGGGGGUUGCUCAGAGGGUUGCUCCGGGGGUUGCUCCGCACGUACAACCUGCUCCGCUCGCUCGGCAUGCUCCGCCUGCAGUUAUAGAGCACGCGUAGCGGCCUCCCGCAGUCGCUAUUCGCGCUACUCUAAAGCCUUCUCUCUCUAUAAAUAAGCGAAUAUCUCCCUAGCCCGCCGCCAGCGCUAGUCGGCAUAAGGGUGCUGUAGCAGCU